AUGUUCAAAGGUCUCCGCAAAAAGGCGUCGAUUCUAUCAUUGUCUUCCACCUCUUCUGCCAGUACCCAGAGCACCCAGCAAGAUGGCGCUAACUAUCCCAAAGUUCUCAAAGAAGUUCAGGAUUUUGAGGUUGCUCUCAAGGCCAUGGACUAUUUGCUUGAUGACAGAUCCGACGAGGGAAUAAAGCUCCUCAAGGAGUGCUCCGAGAAGAGUGCAAGGGAUCCAAGCGAUCAACCUGCUUCCAUCUACAAUUUGGCCUUGGGUGUCAUGGAGUUUAUUGAGGCCACCUUGGGUUUCGAAGCCGAUUUGAUGGAAAGGGCCCAUAAAACUUUAUCAUCAAGUGAAACUGCUUGUUUGGCCAACUCAAAGUACAACACCAAGCACCAGUUAGCUACCUCGAAUAUUUAUCCCCCUGGCACGGAAUUUCAAGUGACUUACGCCGAGCUGACUUUGUUGAACGCGUUGAUCAUGCUUUUGACCGAAAAUAACGGUGUUUUGGAAAGUGCAAAGGCCUUGUAUAAAUUGAGAAAAGCAUAUCAAACUUUGGAUCAUAUUUUCAACAAGGUGAAAGAGCUGGAAUCUUUGUUCAAUGAAAAUUUGGAAAGAAUUCGUAAGGAGGCCGCGACCAACCCAAACUCGGCCAACCUUAGCACAGUUGAUCUUCCUGGUUACAAGUUAGAUACUGAAUCUUCUGCAUCACUUCCCCAAGACCUCAAGUUGAUGAAAGAAUUGGAAAAGGUCUAUCAAAUGAGAAAAUCAAGAGUCGAGGGAACCAACUUAGGUAAUCAUACAGGACAGGUUGACUUGUUUCAACAAUUAGAUCAUUCUUCAAGUGAUUCAUUUCCAUCAACUACCUCAUCAAUGAUUUCUACCUCCUCAUCCUCAACAGCUCCUAAGCACGACAAUCAUCUUCAUGUCUCUACAAUUGACGAAUUUAUUCAUUCAGGUGUUCAGCUCUGCUUUGGUAUUUUGCAAGUUGUUCUUUCGUUAAUUCCUCCAGCUAUCGGUAGAGUCCUUUCUAUAGUUGGGUUCAGAGGUGACAAAGAAGCAGGUUUGAAAAUGCUUUGGAGAACAGCAAUCACUUCAAGAAAUAUUCAUGGUGAGUUGGCAUUAAUGACAUUGUUGUUUUUCUACGAUGGCCCUGUCCAAUUUAUUGAUUUGGGGUUCCAAUUACCUAGCCAAAGAGACGAGAACAUCAAGAAUGUAUUAUCAAUUGAGCAAAAGACCACUAUUUCUGAUUCGGAACUUAACAAGAUUCUUCAAAAUCCAACUCUUUAUACCCCUCAAUUACUCACUAAGGUGAGAAAGUUCUUCCCUCAUAAUGCUUUAUGGAUUUUGCAAGAAGGAAGAACAUUGGCAGGUCAAGGAAAGCUCGAACAAGCUAUUCAGGUUAUGCAAGAUUUCACCGAUAAUCCAGAAAACAAGAUUCAAAUGAAGCAGAUCGAAGCGUUACUAGUUUUCGAUAGAGCUAUGUUGUAUGCUUUCCACCAUGAUUUUGAAAAGGCUGCCCGUGAUUUUAUCUACUUGAUUGACAUUAACUCCUGGUCUAAAGGUGUCUACCUCUUCAUGGCAGCUUCUUGUUAUUUGGAGCAGUACAGAAUGAUCAAAAUGGGUUUAAUCGAAGUCAGCGAAAGCGAGAAACCUGAAAUGUUACAGAAGUUUGCCGAUCUCGCCAAAACUUAUUUUGACUUGGCCCCCACUUAUGUUCCUGGUCAUGGUAUAAAUGCAACGGGAAAGAAGGGAGGAAUUGGUGGUGGAAAUAAACAGUUACCAUUCGACAAGUUCUUGCUCAGAAAACUAAGACAUAUCGAAGCCAACCAAAAGGCUAAUCCUGACCUACAAUUUGUUGACUGUAUUGGUACUUCUCUUAUCCAUGAAUUAAUGUAUUUCUGGAACGGGUACAACAGAAUGACUGAACGGGAAUUGAAGAUUUCAUUGAAGUUAUUGGGUUAUUCUGCACCAAAGGAAAAGGAAUAUUCUGCUAAUUCUGAUAGUGCUACCUACUACAAAAUUGACGAGACCCUUGACGAGGCUAUGAUUAGAGCAUUCUUACAGGGUAUUGCCUUGAGGGGAAUCGGAAAGGUGGCCGAGGGAUUAUCUCUUUUGGACACUGAAGUAAUUGGAAAGUAUGUCAUUUCUGAAUAUCCUCAGUUUAGAUUCACUAAAAUGACUUAUAGUCCAUACUUAUAUCCCACUGCAUUGAGCGAAAGAGCUAUGUUUGUUUGGACUUUGAGAACAUCAAUUGGCGGAGAGCUUGAUAUCAAACAAGCCCUACUGGAAUGCAAGAAUUGGUUGAAAAAGGGAAGUGAAGUUGGAGACGGAGACUAUGAAUUGAGUAAUAGAACUGGAUUCAAAAUUAAGGCUGCCGAGGAUAGCUUGGAUGAAAUCGAUCGAAAAGCAAAUAAACAUUAG